AUGUCUGCUGAAUCAACCAACCAAGAACAUAUGCACGAAGGCACCAUGGGCGGCGAGCCUUUGCAAAUUCCUGCCUUCUUGGGCAUGACUGAGCAACAGUCUCGUUUGUUGGUUGCCUUGUACAAUGAGACUGACCCAGAGUUUGCAAAGCAAAUGCCAACCGCAUUACCUGUAGCCGCUCAACAACUUGCUACUGAAUACGAAAAACGUAACUGCGUUGGUAAAAAGCUUGAACGUGCCAACAUCAAAUGGGCCGAGGAAUACAAGCUGUUCGACGAUGCUCAACAUGAAGCCGUUGAAAAAUUAUCCACUACCGACAUGAACAUUGACAAAGCAGCUGAAGACCUUCAAUUGGAAGAAGAUCAAGACAGCAGUAUUCAUGACUUAGUUUUGGGAUCAUUGUUAUAUGGUGGUAUCCGUCGUGAGCCCUCAGGGCCAGAGGAUCGUGCUUCCAUGAGUCCUGCCGCCAGUCCUAAUUUCGAAGGAGCAAAGCAUUUAUUGGAGCGUGCGUUUGAGAAGGGGUAUACAAUGGCUGCAGUUCAAAUUGGAUCAAUUUAUAUGCAAGAAGAGAAAUUGGCUGGUGGUUCCAAUUUGAAAGAGGGACAAAAUGCAAAGGCUUUAUCUUACGAAUGGUACAAGAAAGCAGCCGACGCUCUGAAUCCUAUGGCAUGUCAUAAACUUGGUUUUUUUUUGGAGAACGGUGUUGGAUGCAAAAAGGACAUUGAAAAAGCCAUUGAAUAUUACCAAAAGGCAUACGAACAAGGCUAUCCCGAUUCAGCUCAUAAUCUGGGUAUCAUUCAUCAAGGGUAUGUCAAGGAUACUUCCCCUUUUAGAGAUAUCAAGAAAGCCAUAGAAUAUUUCGAAAGAGCAAAGCAAUGGGGUUUCUCCGCCUCCUGUAAUGCACUUGGUAGAAUGUAUUUGCUCAUGUCAAAGAACUCUGAAUUGGCUAAAGAAGCUGGCAACCCUGGCAGUGAACCUGAGGAUUACAUUGUCACUGGCAUUGAAUUGAUGGAGGAUGCGGCCAAUAAUGGUGAUGCGGAUGCAAUGAUGAUGCUUGGUUUGAUUUUUGGAUCCAAAGACUAUGGUCUUUACGACAUGGACAAGGCACAAAACUACAUGGAGUUAGCACUUGUACGUGGCGAUCUCGAAGCCUAUAAUUACCUAGUUCGUAUUUUGAGAGCCAAGAUGGCUGCUCGUGUUGCACUUGAAAAGGAAAACAUGGAGAAUUUUGAGAAACUAAGCCAAGCAGAUCAAGAAAAAUGGUUGAUUGCACUUGAAAAGGAAAACAUGGAGAAUUUUGAGAAACUAAGCCAAGCAGAUCAAGAAAAGUUGAUUCGCCAACUUGCCAAGGAGGCAACCCCCGAGAGCGCUUCUCAUCGUCAAUGCGCCAACGUCAUGUGUGACAAAAAAGAAGAAGAACCUGGAAGCUUCAAGCGCUGUGGUCGAUGUCAAAGAGUUUCUUAUUGUUCCCGUGAAUGUCAGAAAGAUCAUUGGAAGCAUGGCCAUAGAGCGGUUUGCAGAGAACAAGAUGACAAAACUGUAUAA